UUGUAGAAAUAAAUAAAAAAUAACAAUGUUUUCGCGUGUCGAUUUGUUCAGUUUAGAUUUUAACGCAAAUUUAUUAAUGCGUCGCGCGCAUAAAUCAUAUUUUAAAAGUGUUAAAAAGUGUUCAACAAAUAUCAGUUAUGUUUUCUAACCUAAACGAAAAUGUCAUAAUAUAUUUGUUUUGUUGUGGUGUAUUUUGUGAUAUUUUAGUGGAAAUUAAGUGAGUGCAAUUAGUGUUAGUGAGUGUCUGUUACCCUGGAAUGCAGUGAAAAUAUAUACAGUUUCUAUACCCCUACUUCGAAGGCGCGAGAAGGACGAUGCAGAAGUUACGUGUGGAAGUAUUUCAAGAAAAACAAUCGUCUUUAUGUAACGUGUAAACUCUGUUCGUGGACCGGACUAAGAAGAAGUAUGUACAGACAUCUAAGGUCGCAUCAUUCUAUGAGCUAUCAAGACUAUAGGCGAAAUAGCGGAAACAAAUAUAUGGAUACCGGUUACAUAAGAAGAGCUAAGGUUAUUCGCUUGUGGAGCUGGACUCGCAAGUACUAUUGCAAAGUAAAUGAAAGAUUCAUAAAAUGCAAAAUUUGUGAACGCUUUUUAAAGAAAUCAAGUAAUAAAAACGGUAACAUACAUCGUCAUAUAAAAUUAAAACAUCCAUAUAUAUAUUUUAAAGAAAACAAUCAGAAACGUUCAGCUCAAGAUGGCGACUCUAGCUUGGAAGAAACUGAUGAGGCUGUUGAGCAAGUAUUCUAUAUUAAAGAUUUGACUCGAGUAAAAUCAAAAGACAACAACAGUGAAGCUCAAGAUGAUGAAGUGCUUAACUCUGACAUCGAUGAAAAUGUAGAUAAAAUACCCGAUGCGAACAAUAUUGAACAUCACGCUUCACGUUCAGAAGUAGAUGUGAAAAUACAAGAUAAAUGCAACAAGACGGUUUUGGGAAAACAAUUUGCUACUACAAAUACACGGAGAUAUUAUAGUUGGACACGAAAAUACUAUAACAAAAUCAAUGAUAAAUUCAUAAAAUGCAGAAUUUGUAAAAGAGUUUUAAAAAUGAACAUUAGUAACAAUGGAAAUAUACUUCGACAUAUUAAACAAAAACAUCCUGAUAUAUACUUUAAUGAAACUGAUUCUAAUGAAUCAACUAAAGAACUUGUAGAUGAUGACUCUAACCUUAAGGAAUUCAAUAAAGCUAGACCACAAGUUAUCUACAUUAAAGAAUUAGAUAAAAAAGAGACGCAAGACAAUAACACUGAAGUAAGAGAUGAUAAUUUGUUUGGACCAAGAAUAGGCGGAAGCAUAGAUAACAUGUCUGAUGUGGAAGAGACUGAACACUCUGUUUCUAAAACAAAAAAAGAAUUAAACAUAAAAAGUCCCAGUGACGAAGUAGUUGAGGAAAAACGAAUCAAUGCUACAAAUGAUCGGAGAAAUCGUAGUUGGACACGAAAGUAUUAUUACAAAAUAAAUAAUAGAUUGAUAAAAUGCAGAAUCUGCCACAGACUUUUGAACAUGAACAUACAUCGGCAUAUUAAAACAAAACAUCCUGAUAUUUAUUUGAAAGAGAAUCCGAAAGUUCAGGACCCUGACAUCAAAGAAGAGUUAAGGAUGAAAAAUUUGUGUGAAAAAACCGCCAUAGGAGUACGAGCGAGAACAAAUAAAUCCUGCAUUUGGAAUUUCUUUGAAAUUGUUGAACAAGAUCGAUUGUACCAAUGCAGUUUCUGUCAAAAAACGGUCGCCAUCUUCCCAAAAAACGUUUUCAAUUUGAAAAGGCAUAUAUCGAAUGCCCACAAGAAGCAGUACGAUAUUAUUAUGAAGUAUGGAGAUUUGGAACCGAGAGAUUCGGAAAACCAGGAAGCAGCAAAUCCAGAAGUUCCAGGUGUAUCAAGCGUCGAAAUAGCGUUCUUGAGUUUGGACGAUGAAAAUAGCGGGAAAUUUAAAUGUACAAGAUGCGAAGAAAUCAUCGAGAGCACAGAGGAGGAAAGUGAUUCCGUACUAAUAGAGCACGUUCACAUAUGUCAGCUUAAACCCGCACCAGAGGAAAUUGAAACUGAUGCAAAGAUAAUUAAAAGCAUAGAAGAACAAAAUAUUUCCCAAUGUUAUUUCAGCUACAAGUUCAUACCGUGCCCCCGCGGGAAGCAAUUGCUUAUGUUCAACGGAUACACUUUUUCACAGAACAAUCGCGCGAGACGCAUGUUCUAUUGUUCCAAGAAGGAUAGCCAUUGCAAAUGUAGGAUCAAACUGGGCUGCGACGGUAGAGUGGAGUCGAUUAAGGAUUACCACAACCACAGGCCGCCGAAGUAUGCUGUUAAUGUUGAUGGGACCUAUCUGAAGAUUUCGUCAUAGAUAAUACAAAUGUUAAAGGCAAUUCUCUGAAUACACGACAUGACUUAACAAUUAUUCAUUGUAACGUCAACAUCUCCCGAGGAUGAUCCGGUUUC